GGACCAGGAAGUUCUUCCGGCUUUAGGUUGAGGUUGUUUUCUGAAGGAGACUUAAUUCCUUUGAACGUUCGUCAGCAUAAAUGUUCUGUUCCCUGGCAGUCAGUGUGAUGGCUCCACCAUGAAGUGUGCCCGCUGCCUGCUCCAGCUGCAGUGUCUCAGACUGGUUGGCCAGUCAGCCAGGUCUGCUGCCCAGUAUGGCGCUCUGCUCCAGUCAGCCUCCUCCAGUCAGCCCAACACGCUACACAGCACCCAGCACCAGGUGUUGAGACGUUUCCACGGCAGCCCAGCGCGUGCAAAGGAUCCACCUGUACCCGCGGAGUUCCUCAACGGGGACGACGAGAAGAAGGACAAGUCUUUGGUCACCCAUGACGACCUGUUUGAGCAGGUGGCCAAAGAGGCCAAAACCAAGGCCACCUUCAACAAAGUGGUGGAUGUCUUCAUCAAGAGAGACGUGAGACGGCGGGGCCACGUGGAGUUCAUCUACGCUGCUUUGAAGAAGAUGCCGGAGUUUGGCGUUGAGAGGGACCUGGUGGUCUACAACAGGCUGCUGGACGUUUUCCCCAAGGAGGUGUUUGUGCCCAGGAACUUUAUCCAGCAGAUGUUCAACCACUAUCCCCGACAGCAGGAGUGUGGAGUCCAGUUACUGGAGCAGAUGGAGAACUAUGGUAUCAUGCCCAACAUGGAGACCAAAGUCCUGCUGGUCCAGAUCUUUGGAGAGAAGGGCCACCCCAUGAGGAAGUACCAGCGCAUCAUGUACUGGUUCCCCAAAUUCAAGCACGUAAACCCCUUCCCCGUCCCCCAGCAGCUGCCUGAAGACCCAGUGGACCUAGCUCGCUUCAGCCUGAACCGCAUCGCUAAUGACCGGAGCUCUGAAAUCACCGUCUACCAGCUGGCAUGUACAGACAUUACAGAGAGUGGAGAGCAGAUCACCCUUCCUCAUAUAGUAGGUAUCCAGAGCCCCAGCCAGGUGGAGCUGCUGGCCAAGCACAACCCGAGCAGGCCGGUGUUUGUCGAGGGCCCCUUCCCUCUGUGGCUGAGGAAGAAGUGUGUCUACUACUACGUCCUCAGGGCCGACCCCACACCGCCGGAAGAGAAGGUCGAGGAGCCCUAUGAUCCAGAGAGGUGUUUGGACUAUCCUCUGCAGCUCGACCUGGAUUUGGACCGUGACCUCGGCGACGAAGAGAGCCUCGACGUGGAAGAACUGGACGAGGGUUCGGUCUUCGCCAUGUGUAUGACCAGCCAAGGAGAUCAGACCGUCCUCAACCAGUGGGUCUCCGGCCUCCAGGAGAACAAUCCCAUCCUGGGCCGGGUCCCAACUCUGUUCCGCCUGGACGCUGGGCCCCGGGAGCUGCAGGAGGCGGCUGACACGGACUCAGCCCACCACCACGGGCCGGAACCGGAGACCCAGACAGAGGAGAGACGGCCUCAAGAAGAUCCUGAUGUAACAGUGGAGGAAGAGCCGAGGACGAGCCAGAGGAUGAAACAGUGAACAGCAGUCAGACUGUGUUGUUAAGACAUAAAGAUCCUACAUACUGCACUAUGACGGGUAGGGGCUGGACCAGUGUGAGCUACUGGUUCACUGAACUCAGCAGAACCCGAGGAGGACUCUGAAUAAUGCUGGUAAGCUCCAGUAGUCAAA